UCUCCCCUGGAUGUGUGUGUGUGUGUGUUCGGAUUACAUCAGAAUGCCAGACACAACACAUGAUGGAUCGAUUUUAUUUCUAGGAAAGCCUGUAUAUAUCUCACGGCACGUGUAUUUAUUAUAUGUGAACGGCGCCAACAAUAAGCCCUCUCAUUCACUCAUCCGUCCAAUCUAUUAUACAUCUUUCGUGAGGAUACGCCAAACACACCAGAUGGCUCUGCUGGUGUCAAUGUUUUUCUUUUGUUUCAGCUAGCAGUCGACGGCCGCACACAAUCACGUGGCGGCGUUUGAUAGAGCGGAACAAAGUGUAAAUAAUAACCAUCAGACUCUUGAAUUAUUUCCCAAGUUUUUAACGACAAUUUUUUAAGAGCUUCCUGGAGUUGUUGCUUGUCAAACUUUGUGAUUGCUAUUAAUAAGCGGGCUGCGAAUGUACAACUCGGUCGGUAAGUGGCUAGUUAUUCCAUCAGCACGAACUGCUUCUCGUCAAUUUAGUUUGUCUAAUCGCUGCAAUGAAUCCCGCCAACGUUUUGAACGCUUGUUGGUUCUCGAUUUUGAGGCCACCUGCGAUAGCCAACGUGGCACCAUUCGACCACAGGAGAUUAUCGAGUUCCCUGUUCUCAAUGUGGAGACAAAUGGGUUUGAGAUAGUGGGCACUUUUCAUCGCUAUGUCAAACCACAAGUCCACCCCACCCUGACACCUUUCUGCACCAGCCUCACAGGGAUUAUUCAGGAUAUGGUCGAAGAUGCAGCCCCCUUGAAAGAAGUAAUGGAAGACUUCCACAAAUGGCUCCUAUCUCAACAUCUGCUAAACAAAGAAUUCGCUGUCGUGACUUGCGGCGAUUGGGACUUGAAGGAGCUCCUCCCACGUCAAUUCCUCCAUACGGGACAGGUCGUACCUGCUUAUUUCAAGUCGUGGAUCAAUAUCAAGAUGAUAUUCGCCGAGUCCACUGGAGUUUACCCACGUAAUCUCCCUCACAUGUUGUCCCACGCCAAACUGGUCCAUUUUGGUCGAUUACACAGUGGAAUUGAUGAUUGCCAUAAUAUUGCAGCAGUUGUUCGUUUCCUGGGCCGGCGUUCUCAGUGCUGGCGACUGACAAGUUUUUUGGAAGAUUAAAUAACAACAAUCGAGUAUUAUCCGUGUCAAAAAAUAAAGCUCACUUGAACCGUA